UGUUACUGCGCUUAUUUACAACAUACAGUCUGAAAUUGCAUUUGUGUAUAACAUUAUUGAAAAGCGCAAAGGACCAAACCAUGUUAGAUCUGGACAUGGUUAAGAUUUUAUUUCAGUUUUCUCAGCCUCGGCAGAAUGUUAAAGUUCAGUUAAAAUGGCCAAGGCAGGACUCCUUAUUUUGACUCAACCAUUGUCUCACCUGCACUCCCUCAUUUUACCAAUCAUUAAGCAGGCUUCUGUGGUUGUCAGUGACACAUUGUAUGUAUUUUUACAGCCUGCAUUACAAAAUCAGCAGCUGUCAAAAAGCACUUUUCUUUACCCUUUGGGCUUUACAAAAGAGUUGCAGUCCUUUGUAAAAGAGUUCUAUCUCAACAGUUCCAGGCUUUGUCACAAUCUUGAUAUUAGGAUACUACUGUCUCACAUAAGUUCUAACCCAUCAGCCCACAUUGCUGUUCCUUAUUCUUUAAAAAAAGAAGUCUCUGUCCUACUGUCUGAUUCAGUUAAAUUCCAGGAUUCUUGGAUGCAAGGAAAAAACUCUUUAACAGAUAUAUUAAAAACCUCUUUUAGUAAUAUAAAAUCAGAUCUAAGUUUUAGUUUACUCAGCAUUGGAAGUGCAGAAUCAUCCAGUAGCUCUGAGUCUGAAGUGCUUGAGCUUCUGCAAACCUAUCCUAAUGUUGUUCUGGGAGGAACAUUUGACCAGCUGCAUACUGGGCAUAAGGUCCUACUAACAGAAAGCUGCUUAAGAUGUGAUAAGAAGCUAACAGUUGGUAUAACAGAUGGAGAGAGGAAUAAAAAAAAAGUUUUGUGGGAAUUAAUGGAGCCAUAUGAAGUCAGAUGGCAGAAAGUUGACAACUUUGUCAAGGAAGUCAAACCAAAUAUAGUCUUAGAGGCUGUUAAAAUAUUUGACCCAUUUGGACCAACAAUAACUGACCCAGACUUGCAAUGCAUUGUUGUUAGUGAUGAGACAAAAGCUGGUGGUGCAAGUGUUAAUGAAGAGAGGAUCAAACGAGGAUUUUCAAGCCUAGAUAUGGUGACUAUUGAAUUAAUAGAGGACUCUUGUCAUGCUGAAGAUGAAGAAAGCAAAAUCAGCUCAUCUUCCUAUAGAAAAAGGCUGUUGGGAACAUUAUUGACACAAGUGCCAGUCAAACAACAUCUAGAUAAAUGUCCUUACAGGUUGGCCAUUACUGGUGGAAUUGCAAGUGGAAAGUCCAAUGUUUGUUCUGAAUUGGAGAAACUUGGUGCUAAAAUUGUCAAUUGUGAUUUAUUAGGUCAUAAAGCUUAUGCCAAAGGUAUGCCUGCUUACCACAAAAUCAUUCAAGAAUUUGGAAAUUCUGUACUGGGAGAAGAUGAAGAAAUAGCUAGACCAAAGUUAGGACAAAUAGUUUUCAAUGAUAAGAGUAAACUUGAAAAGUUAAACAGUAUUGUUUGGCCUGCCAUCCGACAACUUGCUGAAGAAGAAAUCUCUGGCUAUAAAAAAGCUGGUGCCAAGGUUGUGGUAUUAGAGGCAGCAGUUCUCUUGGAAGCUGGAUGGGAUGAUAUGGUACAUGAAGUGUGGACAACUUUUGUCUCUGCUGAGGAGGCUAUAAGACGUUUGAUCACACGAAAUAAGUUCAACAAAGAAGAUGCUCAGAAAAGACUGGACUCUCAGAUUUCUAACGUUGACAGGAUAGCUAGGUCGAAUGUUGCCAUUUGUCCAGAGUGGGAGUUUGAAGUCACCAGAAAGCAGGUCGAAAAGGCUUGGUCCUUAUUACAGAAAAGAAUUACUCAGGCAUAAUACAAAAACUUUUCACAAGACUUCCAUGUCAAAUUCUUCAAUUUUGUCUUGGCUUCGCAUUUUAAGCUUCCACCAACAAUAAGGUCAAACCAAAAUGGUUUGAUUGAAUUGAUAUCUGUUAAAUGUAUGAUUUAGUUAAAUCCUGAAAUUUGACUACCUGAUGUUAUAAUCUUCAAAAGAGGUUGAAUGAUUUAGAUUCUAUAAGUAAUACCUUCAGUUAUAUUAGUUUUGUAAGGGAAAAGUAAAAUCAUUAAUGAAACUUUUGAAAAUUCCACAAGAAAAAAAGGAUACAGUUAUUUAGCUAGUAAAAAAUCAAAUCUUUUUUUUUUGUUGAAAUGUUGAACAACAAUUAAUGUUGGAAAAGUCCAAAUUGAAAUGAAGAUGUUCUAGGAUGUAAAUCAAGAAACUAACUUGCUUUAAAUAUUUUUUUCUGGGCUAACCGAUUUUUUUCUUGUUAAAACUGCCUUUUAAAAUCCAUUCUUAUUAGCAGAUGAUGUAAUGAUUAUAUUUCUAAAUCAGUCAAUAAUCAUAUUAUCAAUCAAUCCAAACUGUGAUAAUUUAAUUGUUAAAUGUUGGGUAUAGAGUAUACAAACUUUGAACUUCACCAAGAAAAAAAAAUUGCUGUCACCACUACAUAGUAAUAAUGCGUUUUAUAAUCCCAUAGGAUUAAAAAAAAACAAUGCCAGUGUAUCUGUCAAUUAGGAAUGGCAAACAUAGUAAUACAAAUAAAAUUAGAUGAAACUUUGCAGAAUUUCCAUUGCUCUAAAAGCUUAAUGUGAACCACACUUUUUUGACACAAAUAAAAUUGAAUUUUUUGGAUUAAUGUUUAUUUCAGUAAUGAAGUUUCAUUGAGGGUAGUUUAUAUUUGGGUAUCAAAUCAUGUAAAUAGUUCUUCAGCUGUUCCAUUCACUUGCCCAUUGAUGUCAGGUUUUCUUAAUGCCAGUGGAAGCCAGUUCAUGUCUUUACUGGUCUAUUAAGUGCAUUCUUAUGUAACCUGGUCAUCUCCCCUUGAUGGUAUGCCACUCGCAGGCCAAUUGCAAUUAUUGUUACCUUAUGUGAGUAAAAAAAAAUAGCAACCCUUACUCUAGCAAAUGUUUCUUACUCUCUGGGAAACAGUUUCUUACUCUCUGGGAAACAGUUUAUGACAAAGUUGGGACACAAUUUUAUUUCAUAACUAAUUUUUGUAAUUGAUGAUUUUUACAAUUUUCUCUGUGAAAGUAAAAUAGUAAACUUGAGUUUUAGAAAAUGCUUUUGUUACAGUUUGUUUAGUGUUUUUUUUUCUAAAAGAAAUAUUAUAGAUUUUUAGUGCAAUCAAUGAUUUGAAAAGGAGCCUUUAAAUUGUUGAAAUUUAUUUGCAUUUUGCAGUAUUUAAGAAUGUAAAAUCAAAGGCAAUGCAAGAGAAAUUUUAAUAUCCUGUACAUCAUUCCUUUGGCAACAAGAGUCACAUAUAAUUUAAUUUGUUCUACAAUGUUUUAAUCCAGCAAAGAUCUAACUUUUUUUCCUAUUUUUUUGGUAAAGAAAAUUAUUUUUUUCAUAAUAUUCUGAAUAAACUUAACUUUAACAGAAUAUAUUGCCUUAUUGUACCCUGCAAUGAUUCCUGUACAAAUGACUGCAGUAAUUACAUAUGUGUACCUUAGUUUGUUUGCAAAUGUUUCUUUAUUCAUGGUAUAAUUUGAACAAACGAUUACAUUUACUUGUUUGUUAUUAAGAAGCAUUAUACUUAACAUUAUGCAGAUUACAUAUAAAUGAUGUAAUGCACAUUAGUCUGACUAUUAUGUUUUAUCUAUGCAACACAUUUUUUUUUCUGUCUAUUCAUUUUCCUUUUUUUUUAAUAUCACAUUAUACUAAAAGUAUAUACAAGUUCUUGUAUAUUGAUAUUUUUGGAAUAUCAAACAAAAAUAGACAAUCAAAAUAAAUAUAUUUCAACUUGA